AUGCACGUGACGAGACGGUGGAUAGCUGUAAUGGCCUACGUCUUUGGAAACAAGAUUACUGUGGCUUUGUUGAAUGAGAAGGGAAGAAAUUGUGGCAACAGACUUAUUUCAAGAGGUUUGGUCGGGAAGGGAGCAUUUGGGUCGUAUGUAUCUCCAGACUUAUGUAUGUUUCCAAUGUUGCCAGGUUGCCGAACAGGUGAAGCAAAAUUGACAAAAGGAUUUAAUCUAGCUGCACGGUUCAUCAUUCACACAGUGGGACCUAAAUACAAGAGCCGCUAUCGCACAGCAGCUGAGAGCUCCCUGUACAGCUGCUAUAGAAAUGUACUUCAGCUGGCAAAAGAGCAGUCAAUGUCUUCUGUUGGAUUUUGUGUCAUCAAUUCCGCAAAACGAGGUUAUCCUUUAGAGGAUGCAACACAUAUAGCACUUCGCACUGUAAGGAGAUUCCUAGAGAUUCACGGGGAAACCAUUGAAAAAGUAGUAUUUGCUGUCUCUGAACUUGAAGAGGCUACUUACCAAAAGCUGCUACCUCUGUAUUUCCCAAGGUCAUUAAAGGAGGAGAGUCAAACAUUGCCAUACCUACCUGCAGAUAUUGGAAAUGCAGAAGGGGAGCCUGUGGUACCUGAACGGCAGAUUAGAAUAAGUGAAAAGCCUGGUGCUCCAGAGGACAACCAAGAAGAUGAGGAUGAAGGCUUGGGAGUUGAUCUCUCUUUCAUUGGCUCUCAUGCUUUUGCCCGAAUGGAAGGAGAUAUUGAUAAGCAAAGAAAACUGAUCCUUCAGGGACAAUUAUCAGAGGCAGCCUUGCAGAAGCAGCAUCAAAGAAACUAUAAUCGCUGGUUAUGUCAAGCAAGAUCUGAGGAUCUGUCUGAUAUUGCUUCUCUAAAAGCCUUAUACCAAACAGGUGUUGAUAACUGUGGUCGCACAGUGAUGGUGGUAGUUGGAAGAAACAUUCCUGUAACAUUAAUAGAUAUGGACAAGGCUCUCUUAUAUUUUAUCCAUGUAAUGGAUCACAUUGCUGUGAAGGAAUAUGUAUUAGUAUAUUUUCACACACUGACCAGCGAAUACAAUCACCUGGAUUCUGACUUCCUGAAGAAACUCUACGAUGUUGUUGAUGUCAAGUACAAGAGGAAUUUGAAGGCUGUUUAUUUUGUUCAUCCAACAUUUCGUUCAAAGGUAUCAACAUGGUUUUUCACCACCUUUUCUGUCUCAGGACUGAAGGAUAAAAUCCACCAUGUGGACAGCCUUCACCAGCUCUUUAAUGCCAUAUCACCAGAACAGAUCGACUUUCCCCCUUUUGUCCUUGAAUACGAUGCCAGGGAAAAUGGGCCUUACUAUACAUCUUAUCCCCCAUCACCAGAUUUGUGACCUACCAUCUUUCAGUGCUUCUUGAUUCCAAGGAUGCUCCUUCCUCCACAAAUCGCUACCUAUUGAAGUGAUACUAAUUUUUGCUGUACAGAUCCAGAGAGCCUUUUGUCCCCACCUCUCUGGUAUUUUUUUAUUGACUCUAUAUUUUCUGGCACAUAAGCAAUCUAAAAAUGGUAGGCCAUUCUGAACUGCACACAUUUUAAAUUUGUAUAUUUGUAUCAAAUGGAAAUGUCCAUUUUUAGUGUUGUUCAUAAAAAUUGGGUAGCAACUUUUGAGUAUCUUCAGUUUCCUGAAGGACACUGGAUUCUCCAUCAGAGAAGCCACGAGUAUUAUUCAUGUCAUCUCCUUGUCAUUGCACGUUUCCUUUGUGUAUUUGUGUUUCUUGAAAUAUAUGGAACCAAUGUAUGCUGAAUGGAUGCAUUGUUUGCUUUAGA